UAGAUUCGCGAUCAAGGGUGAAUGAAUUGGAUCAAUAUACCAUAAUAGGAAUUCUAUACAAACCGUUUCGUGUUUCUACCUGCAAUAUUAUAUUAUGGUAUUAUAACAAAACAAUGUACAGAGAUUAUUUAAAAAGGAAUGGAUUAGUUAUAUCAGACAUCAAUUAUAAAGAAUCUAACGAGUCAGUAACAUUAAUGGAAAAAAUAAGUGAGGAAAAUGGAAAUAGCGGCGAAAGUUUAAACUCGGAUACCGAAAAUACAAAUGAUUCUCUUAGCAACGAGGUAAAUAAAGCUAUAUCACCAUUAAAGAAGAGAAAGUUAAUUCUACAUUUUGACAUUAGAAAUACAGUGCUAGUGGCGGACUCUGUAACUAAUGUCUCUGUUGAACAGGCAUUGAACAGUUUUCUUACGGGUGUUGUAUGGGGAAACGAAGGCCAUGAUGGAAAUUGGAUAUGGCACUCGGAUCAGCUGUCUUUAACACCACCGGCAGAAAAUGUGGUAACAUACUAUAAAUAUCUAGAAAAGAAAUAUGUGAAGAACACAACAGACAGGACUCAGCUGAGGCUAGCAACGGGCGAUUUCUCACAAAGCGAAAUCGGUAAAAGGUUUCAACCCCAUUUUCAAAAUCAUCUAGAACUUUUGAAAUGGCGACAUGAUUUCGAGGUAGAUACCCACAAUUGUCUGACAAUGUCCGGACACGAUGGACAACAGUACAAUUACAUAGUCCCGGCUCUGUAUAAAUGCAUCCAUCAUUUAGUUGAAUCAAAAAGAGAUUUUGCAAUUGUUUUUAGAACAUUUGGACUGGACGCCCCAAACGUGAUCAAAAGUUUGGAGCACGGUUUGCAAGGAAACCACCCAGGUUACCAUGAACCUGUCAAUUUGAAGGUAAAUGAAACUGUUGGAACGGUUAAGAGGAGUAAAAGCGAGCCAACUGUCUUUACCGUGCCAGAACCAGACGGGACAACACGCAGUUAUGAAGGGGACAGAUGUAUUUACGACAUGUUAUCAAGCAGUGUCGGUAUUACCGGUUUUAGAGACGAUGUCCAUUAUUGGCUUGAAAAUUCCUAUCAUCACGAAACCGCUAAACCUCAUAUUAUAGACCCUUUCGACCAAAAUGUUCACCAUAUAUUUUUUGAUGAUAAUUUUAGGGCAUAUGAAGACGAUAGUAUUGUAGAUGUGAGAUUAUUUGAAUCACGUGGUGCCAAAGAAGCGCGAUGUUUAACUAAAGCGGAAGUUGCUCAGUUCGACAACGUCUGCCUUGUACAGGCGGAUCUUAUUAAAUGCAUUGAGGAUGAAAAUUACUAUCGCGAUAGAAUUCAAGAGUGUGAAAGUAACUACUCAUUAUUUCUAAAAAGAUGGAGCCGACUUUCUCGAAGUAUGUCUUUAGACGGGUAAUUUUUAAAAACCAUAUAAAUGUGUUCACACACUAUGGAAAAUAAACAGUCUCUAUGUCAUCUUUGUUCACAUUAUGGGAGAUAAUCAAUUAGUUUUACAUAUCAAUCUUUGUUCACAAACUUUGAAAGAUAAUCAGAGUUAUAUGUCAAUCUUUGGAUUAUAAUCAGUGUUUCAUGUCAAUCUUUGGAAGAUAAUCAGCGUUUUAUGUCAAUCUUUGGAAGAUAAUCAGCGUUUUAUGUCAAUCUUUGGAAGAUAAUCAGCGUUUUAUGUCAAUCUUUGGAUUAUAAUCAGUGUUUCAUGUCAAUCUUUGGAAACUAAUCAGUUAUAUGUCAAUCUUUGGAAGAUAAUCAGGGUUAUAUGUCAAUUUUUGAAAGAUAAUCAGCGUUUUAUGUCAAUCCUUGGAAGAUUAUCAGUUAUAUUUUUUAUGUCAAUCUUUGUUAGGUUAGCCAAAAUUAUAUAUUAUGAUGCAAUAUUACCAAAACGCAAUAACUGAAGCAUUAAUAUUUCCAAUAUUUCAGGUCAAACAUCUAUUCUAAUAAAAUUUCUAUUCA